GAGGUUGAUGUGCUGGUCCCGGUGCCGGUGGCGGUGGCGGUGGCGGUGGGGGCAAUCUAUCAGAGUCUCUUUUAAAAGCUCCGACCUUUAAAAGCAUGUGACAUCUCGACUUUGUGCGGCUCCAAACGGGACAGAAGUGAGGGACGCGCGGACGCACGGACGCACGGACGCGGCAAGGCACAAUUAAGUUGCCCCGUCUCCACGCAACCUGCACAUCAGACUGGAAGAAGUUUCUCUCCGUCUGCCUCUUGAAAGUCAUUGGAGAGACAUCCGAUCUCCUGACAGGGGCCAGCACAAAGUCAACACAGAUCGGUGUGUGUGCGCGGGCGCACUGCUCUGACCUUACCUUCGCACCACCGCUUGUUUUGGCUCCGAGACUUUUCUUCUUCUUUUUUUUUCUUCUCCCCCCCUUUUUGGAAAAGAAAAGAACUGUAAGUAAGCCGUGAGAUGACCCUGUCUGGAGGCAGCGAAAGAGCCAACGACAUGUCCGGCCAGACGGUACUCACAACCGAGGACGUGGACAUCGACGUGGUGGGCGAGGGGGACGAUGAGUGCAUGGAGCGGGACAGCGACUGCGACAGUCCCGGCCGGGGCAUCCUGCACGACCUCCGCGAUGAUGAUGAUGAUGACGAUGACAUUGAGGUGGACAAAGAGGAGAUGAGAUCCGGCGGCGCGAGUCCGUGCUGCGAGAGCGUCGGAGAAGGGGAGAGCGGCGGCGGCGCCGGGAAGGGAGAGGAGCCGAGCGCCACGCCGGGAGGUGCGCUCCAGAAGCCCAAAAGUAGUUUGGUGAAACCGCCGUACUCGUACAUCGCGCUCAUCACCAUGGCCAUCCUCCAGAGCCCGCAGAAGAAACUCACCCUGAGCGGCAUCUGUGAGUUCAUCAGCAACCGCUUCCCCUACUACCGAGAGAAGUUCCCGGCGUGGCAAAACUCCAUCCGCCACAACUUGUCGCUCAACGACUGCUUCGUCAAGAUCCCCCGGGAGCCCGGCAACCCCGGCAAGGGCAACUACUGGACCUUGGACCCGGCUUCGGAGGACAUGUUUGACAACGGCAGCUUCCUCAGGAGGAGGAAAAGGUUCAAGAGGGUUCAGCCGGACGUGCUCAGGGACCAGACUGCUCUGAUGAUGCAAAGUUUCGGGGCAUACGGGCUGGCUGGCCCCUAUGGGAGGCACUACGGCAUCCACCCGGCCGCCUAUACCCACCCCGCGGCUUUGCAAUACCCCUACAUCCCUCCCGUGGGGCCCAUGCUGCCCCCGGGUGUCCCUUUACUCUCCUCGGCGGAGUUGAACCGCAAAGCCUUCAACGCGCAGCUCAGCCCGGGCUUGCAACUGCAGCUCAGCAGUUUGAGCACGGCGUCCAUGAUCAAGUCGGAACCGUCCAGCAGACCCUCGUUCAGCAUAGAGAACAUUAUCGGGGUCUCCAGCUCGUCUUCGUCCACGGUGGCGGGCUCCGCUCAGGCAUUCCUGCGGCCUCCCGUCACCGUUCAGUCCGCCCUGCUGAGCGCCCAGUCGCUUUCUCUGAGCCGGACCUCCGCCGCCGUCGCCCCGAUCCUCAGCAGCAUACCUUCCAGCAUUCUUUCCGGACACGUUUUACCCUCAGCCACUACGGCCACGGUGUCCAAAUGGCCCUCACAGUGACUCUUACCAUAAAUAUAUUUUUAUAAUGAGACGUGUAAUAGGCAGCACUGGACAAUGGCUCACUGUAGACUGUUCACACGCAGACAGAAACAAAAAAGAAAAAGGAAAUAUUUCUGUACAGGUAAUAUUUGUAAAUAUUUCUUUCUUUGUUUGGUUGUUUUUUUUUUUUUUUAAAGAAUCAUUUGACCUUUUCUGUCUUUUUGGGGUUUCGUUACAGAUCUGUGAUGAUAAGUUUACAUUUUUUUUGUACUGGAUGAAGAAUGUGGAAAAUUUACACAAACGCUCUGAAAUAGUCUGUUUAUUAUGAAGGAAAAAAAACAGUAUGUGUAAUUCUACUUAGCUAUCUUGUGGUGUACAUUGGCUUUAUUUGUAAAUAAAUCAGAUUAAUAAUUCGAAUACAA